GAUGUGCGAUGUAUUUAAAUUCCUUUCUGCAUUUUUACCGCCUGUGUGUUAAGCCUCCCUCCCGCCUCAAUUGGUUAACGGAGGCUAACCAAACGGGAGCCGCCAGCCAGGAAGUCUGAUAAUGUCAACACAUGACACAGCGAAGGUAGAACUCAGAUUUCUCCGUGGAGAGAAGGAUAGAAAGGAAGAGGAGACAGAGGGGCCAAAGGUUCCUGGCCAGAGAGACUCGAAGAGGACGAAAAAGACAACAGAGAGACCCCAGGAUGUGAGGUGGUCCCAGGAGAAGAAUCAUCAUGGAAAUGAAGUGGAAACUGACCAGUGCACUCAGACGCCACUCAGUGCCAACAGUGGGGGGAUAGAACAGACAGAGCUAACUUUGAGGACCAGGGAGGAGAGUCACUGCCAACCUGCAGUUCUGACCAGGAACCCCAACCAGACCUGUUUUACAUCCUCCCUCUCCUUCAGACUCUCCUCUCCACACAGCAAGAAACACGACCUGGAAAAACUACACAGUUCUCAGGGAGCUGUAAGGAACACACCAAUAGCUCAUGCACAGGUAAAAGGAGAAGUCUCAGCAUCGGAUUAUUUUAUUCCAGCCAAUCGCCCUUCAGAGGAAGAGGAAGUGACAUCGCUUCCUUUUAAAGAGGAAGAGGAUUCCGAGACAGCCAUGUUGUCCUCCACGCUGGUGUCGGUUCUCGCCCCACAGUGGAGUGGCCGACUACGCAGGAACAAGCGGGGUGUGGCCGGUACAGACAUUGGUGUGGUUGGCACGGCAACCAGUGAGUCUGGACAGGAAACCCAAGGUAGCGGACAGGAAGUGAGGGAGGGGAUAAUGCUUUUGAAGCCGCAAGUCCCUCUCGAGACAGACUCUGUAGGACAACGGCAACAACAACAGUUUCUGGAGACCCAGAACCAACGUGUUGGGGAGAGGGGGUUGACCCUUGGAUCACAAGCCCAUGAGAAGGCUUCAACACUGGGUAGCAGCAGAAGCACAAUGGGGGGCUGGUAUGAGGGAAGCACUCCCAGCCUCAAACUGGACAACCCAACAAAGUCCCCAGUUUCUAAGCCUGUCUCUCUGGAUGUGAGUUGGGGGAGGCUGGUCAACAGAGGGGAAAAGGGGGGAGCUGUCUCCCCUGUUACUCCCAGCUCUCCCCUCUCUCCCGACCUGCAUGUACACAAGGGAAUGUUACAGGCCGGUCGUCAAGGAGACCAGACAUCAUUGCUGAAUUCCAAACCAACAACCAGUAGCCUUCUUUUCUCUCUGAGGAGGCUCAACACUAUUGCUAGCUCUACCCACUCAGAGACCAAUAUCUCCUCUCCAACCAAUAACAGGCCCCUCCCCUUACCAACUUCCAAUCACAGAGAAGCAAAUACACACAGGACACACCUAUUUUCAACCUUGCCCAAUUACAAAGACACAGAGGGCACACCCUUUACCAAACUACUCCAGACUUCCAGGGCAUAUCCAAACCCAACCUUCCCCAGCAAGCAGGCUCUUCUGUUUAGUGGUCUAGAGAGACUUUCCCCCUCAGAGAGACCAGAUGGAACCACGGUUCCCAUCAAUGAUACUCAUCUUCCUUCCUCUCCACCGUCCCAAUAUGACCACCUGGAUUUUCAAAGGAGCCAGUCUCUUCCCAGAGGAACCACCCUGAGAUCUACUAGCUGGAGAAAUCACAUUACUCUGGAGGACAGUGUGUCUAAUCCCAGUUCCCCCCUCAGUCCCACUACCACCACCACUAUCAACAACAACAACAACACAUCCAGCCUCUCAAGCACUUCCAGCAAUAAUAUCACAGGCCCCUCUAGCACCAAUGAUAACACUGGUGUCAAUCUCCAAAGCAGCAUCAAUAACAACAAUAACUUAGUCACCCCCAACAAUACCAACCUAAACAUCAAUACUGUCACUGGCAAACACUCAACUCCGAGCACCCUUAUAAGGACUUAUGCUCAAGAUAUCCCAGACCAGGAUUCCUAUAGAAUACUCAAAACUCAGGAUUCCCUUAACUCGAAUGACCGACAAUCACAAAAGCCCUAUUGUUUGUCCAAUAUCUCCUUCAGCUCUAACAUCAGUAGCCCAGCUAGCUCGAGCACUUUGAGUAGCCCAAUAAAGUCCAGCAAGCCUGAUCGCUACAGUAGACCAUCAAGUUAUGACACCAUCUACACCCCUCUGACCGUAUUUAGCCCCAACUCCCCCAAGACUCCAACCCGCACUGAAACCAGCGACACUCUAUCCUCCCUCAGUAGUCAUAGAAUCCUUUAUAAGUCCCAUUCCCCAAACCCCUCUUCCAGACAGCUCUCUGCACAAACCAGUAACGCCCCCACAUCCCUCAGUAGCCACAGACCCCUCUAUAGUUCCUGCUCAUUCAAUACCACCAGCUCUAUGAGCCAAGACCCACAAAACACCCCAAAAUCUCCACCCCCGGUCGUCAGAAGCCAGAUUCCCAUAUUGAGUAACACCCACACCCCCACAUCCCAACUGCAGGCACCUAAAACUGCUUACACCCCUACCACAUCCCCCCAAGCACUCAUACUUAAAACCGCCUACGUCCCCAGUAUCCCGACCCCCACCCGCUACACCCGACCGUUGUCCCCAGCCAGCUACACCCCCAUAUCUCUGAGUAUCACCACCACCCAGGCCCCCUCCACCCUUCCCCUCUCCCCACCCAGCUCAUCCCCUCUGGUGGAGAGGACAUUCAAGGGCAGCCUGGACCUCUCCCCUAACAAACACCAGCCCCCAGUGGAAGGGAGGGUAACAGCACAUAGAGCGUGGCAGGAGUCUCUGGAGCCACAACGCUCUGAGGAAAGCAGUAGGAGGCUGUCACAGUCUCAUUCACCUCAGAGCCCUCUGUCCCCAACCAGACCCCUCCGUAGUGUAGGGGGUCCCGCCAUCUUCUCCUCCCUGAGAUCGGGCAGCCCAACCUGGGCUACAUCACCUUUGUCUCCCCCAACUCCCAGGACCACCAAACUACAACUUUGGAGGGGAACCUCGAUGCACAACUUAUCCAUAAUAUCUGAUACGUUAGUGAAGGAGGGAGAGCAUCUCUCAGAGCGUGUUAGCGACCACACUUCACAGUUCACAUUCAACCACACAGGAACCGACUCGACCGCACUAGGACCACAGAGGAAGACCGCUGCUCCUCUCUCCCUUCCCAAUUUUGAGAGCUUUUACAAACCAAGAAUUAGCUCCCCACCCUACUCCACACUCAAGUCUUCAAGCCCAACACUGGGUGAGGUCACACACACAACCUCACCCCAACCCCUUCUCUCACCCCCUACCUCACCCCAACACUACCCAUUCUACAGCCAUCACAGGGCUAGGUCACAGAACAGUUCAAAGAUUGUUGCCUUAGAAAUGGAUUGUGUCAACAACAACUCCAAACAGACCAGUCAAGAAAAUGUUGAGACACUUGUGUACAGGAUUUCUAAAGUUGAUUCCUCUGCCAUAUUGGACAGUAUUAGGCCUGCACAGCCCUGUUUUCCUCGACACACCCCAGACACACGAGUCGUCACAGAGAUAAAGUCCAAUGAACACUCCCGUCUCCCCUCACAACACAGCCAGGUGAUUGGAAGUCCCAGCUGUCAAUCAUACCAAAGCUCCAAUGACAGUGGAGCAUUAGACACUGAGAAGGUUGUGUGUAAAAGAGAGAGAUUCCCUAAGAGUGCAGUGGCUCCAUUACAAACCCAGAGCCCAAAGAAAGGCUUAUUCUCACUGAGGAGUAAGAGAGACAAUGUUGUUGGUACACCUGCUGCCAAUCUCCCUAGAAACCCAGAGAUACCUCAGACUGAGAAACCAAAGAAAGAAUCAGAGAAGUCGCAGAAGGAAAGUAGCAAAAUGGACCUGGUGCUGAGUCGACUCCGGCAGACCUUCAGAGUCAAAUGUCUUGAUGAAGAGAGGAGGAAGAGAACACCCCAGCCUCUUUCUGUCAGAGGAGCCAGUGACAGUGAUGUCACUGAGAGUAGUGGUUCUAGCGAUCGAGCAGAGGAGGAGAGAAAGGAGAAAUGGAGGGAGAAUGAUGAGGUUCUCAAACCUUCAAACUCUUUCUGGGCUGGCAGUGAGCACACAUCAGAUAUGACUAAGGAAAAUGAACACUCACAGUUUGAGGGUUUUAAAGACAAUGAAGAGGCUAGAAACAGAGACCAGCCUCGUGUUAUGGACCUUCCUCAAUUUGAGGCUUACAAGGACGAAAGCGUCACUAAACCCAAAAACCAACCUUCUAGUAGAGAGAUCAGCCCAACGAGGCGGCAGUUUGACGCUUACAAAGAGGAGAGUAUCAGUAGAGCCAGAAAGCAACCUCCUCAGAGAGCCUUCAGCUCCGUUAGGUGUCAACCCUGGGACCAAAGCCGCUCUGCAACCCUCCCUGCCUACAGAACCUCCUCAGGCAGCCCCAGAAACACUUUCUCUGUCUUCCACUUCAGCCACAAGGACUCUGAGAACGACAACGUGUUCCACAUUCCCAGGUUUCCUCAGAGGAAGAAGACCACCUCUCUCUGUGAGCCAGGGGACAGAGGGUUCGGUUCCGGGGUGGGUCAGCAUGGCAGUGAGGGACGUCUGGCAUCCUUCUCCUCCUGUGCUGAUCUCAAAUACGGUCUGGAGGCUGUGCGUUCCUUCUCUGUGACUUCUGUGCUCUCCAGCCGACCCUCGGGUCCUGGCCGCAUCUCCACAGGCCCUAGGGUCAGCAGUGUCAGUGACCUCACUUACCCCGCUCUGACCUUUGGAGAAGAGGUCAUGACUUGGGAUGACUUUAGGGUCAAAGGUGAUUGGACAAUACCAAUGUGGGACACACACACAACCACUGGCCACAAAACCACAGGUGACAACCAAGCUGUAGAUGAGUGGUCCGUCAUUAGUGACAGGACAUCCAAAAAUGAGCGCAAAACAAUCAAAGCAAAUUGUAUAAAUCCACACAAGGCUAGAUCCAAAUCCUUACCCAGAAAUGUAUCCUGGAGUUCACAGGUCACCGCCCCAUCUCCGACCUCCACCACUGGCCGCAUGUGGAACCCCGACAGCCUGGAGACCUCUCACUUCCUGUGGGAUACAGAGGGUCCUCCAACCCCCCCUCCGUCCCCUCCCUGGUCCCCAGCCUCCAGACGCAUAUCUCGCCCCCCCCCAGCUCCUCCUCCUCUGCCUCUCCCUCCCCCACAGACAGCAGGGCGUCACAGGACAGCCUGUCCCCUAGGGGGCGCCUACCUUCCAGGGGCUACGUCUCCAACCUGGCAGCCUUCGAGGAGUCCGACUCAGGCUCUGACAUGGACUCUGACACAACCACAGAUGAUGAAUACUACUUGGCAGGUGAUGGCGGUGAGAAGGAGACAGAACUGUGAGAAGAAAUACUGUAUGGGAUCAAUCAAUCAAUUUUAUUUUAUAUAGCCCUUCUUACAUCAGCUAAUAUCUCGAAGUGCUGUACAGAA